AAUUAGUUGAGUACAAUCAAAUAAUAUUCAUGAGAACACCUUUACCACACCACAAUAAUGACGGCCAAAAGAUGGAGUUCGCAUGCAGUCCAAGUUGGCAACUCACUAGGUUUUGUAUCACAGCCCCACUCUCACUCUGUCUUCUCAGCAGUUUCAGUCUAGCCUAGUCUGAGCUCCUCCCUCCUGCAGAAGCGAGCAGCACCUCCAUUCAAACCCAUCCAAACCCAAGGCAUGAGCGUCUGCUCUUCCCCGCACAGCUGCUGCUGAUCACCUACCUGCACAACAAACUCUGGAUAUUCGUCUUGUACUUUACAGCCCCUUCAAACCUCCAGAAAGAGGCGAACUAAAUCAUUCUGGCCCUAAACGUACACACAAGUGGUUUUCCAGACUGCAAACAUGGCGAGUGCCUCGUACCACAUCUCUAAUCUUUUGGAGAAAAUGACAUCCAGCGACAAGGAUUUCAGAUUCAUGGCCACCAAUGAUUUGAUGUCCGAACUGCAGAAGGAUUCGAUAAAGCUGGAUGAUGAUAGUGAACGGAAGGUGGUCAAAAUGAUCUUAAAGCUCCUGGAGGACAAGAACGGAGAAGUUCAGAAUCUGGCUGUAAAAUGUUUGGGCCCACUUGUCAGCAAAGUGAAGGAGUACCAGGUCGAAACCAUUGUUGAUACAUUGUGUACAAACAUGUUAUCAGAUAAGGAGCAGCUUCGAGAUAUUUCUAGCAUCGGCCUCAAAACGGUGAUUGGCGAGCUCCCGCCAGCAUCCAGCGGCUCUGCUCUUGCUGCUAGUGUUUGCAAAAAGAUUACAGGCCGCCUCACAAGUGCCAUUGCCAAGCAGGAGGACGUCUCAGUUCAGCUGGAAGCGUUGGACAUCAUGGCAGACAUGCUGUGCAGACAAGGAGGCCUCUUAGUGAAUUUCCAUCCUUCCAUUCUGAGCUGUCUGCUGCCUCAAUUGACAAGCCCUCGCCUGGCAGUGAGAAAGAGGACCAUCAUAGCCCUGGGACAUCUGGUCAUGAGCUGCGGAAACCUGGUCUUUGUGGACCUCAUCGAGCACUUAUUAUCCGAGCUCUCACGCAACGAGUCCAUGUCAACCACGCGCACUUACAUCCAGUGUAUUGCUGCCAUAAGCAGACAAGCUGGCCACAGAAUCGGUGAGUACUUAGAGAAGAUCAUCCCGUUGGUGGUGAAGUUCUGCAAUGUUGAUGAUGAUGAACUGAGGGAAUAUUGCAUACAAGCUUUUGAGUCUUUCGUAAGGAGGUGUCCGAAGGAAGUCUACCCACAUGUCCCAACAGUCAUUAGCAUCUGUCUUAAGUAUCUGACUUAUGACCCCAACUACAACUAUGACGACGAGGAUGAAGAUGAGAAUGCAAUGGAUGCCGACGGUGUAGAUGAAGAUUAUCAAGGAAGUGAUGAUGAGUACAGUGAUGAUGACGACAUGAGUUGGAAAGUGAGGAGAGCGGCAGCAAAGUGCUUGGAUGCCGUGGUGAGCACACGACUUGAAAUGUUACCAGAGUUCUACCGCACUGUUUCUCCAGCGCUCAUUGCCCGCUUUAAAGAGCGGGAAGAAAACGUCAAGGCAGAUGUGUUCCAUGCCUACCUGUCCUUACUCAAGCAAACACGCCCUGCCCAGAGCUGGCUCUGUGACCCGGAUGCCAUGGAACAGGGAGAAACUCCUCUUACAAUGCUUCAAAUUCAGGUGUCCAUGAUAGUAAAAGCACUACACAAACAGAUGAAGGAGAAAAGUGUUAAGACCCGGCAGUGCUGCUUCAACAUGUUAACAGAACUAGUAAACGUGCUGCCAGGGGCCCUGACGCAGCAUAUUCCUGUUCUCAUCCCAGGUAUCAUAUUUUCUCUCAAUGAUAAGUCAAGCUCUUCAAAUCUGAAGAUAGAUGCCCUGUCUUGCUUGUAUGUGAUCCUGUGCAACCAUCAGCCUCAAGUCUUCCACCCCCAUGUUCAGGCGAUAGUGCCUCCUGUAGUUGCUUGUGUGGGUGAUCCCUUUUAUAAGAUCACUUCUGAAGCACUGCUGGUCACCCAGCAGUUGGUCAAAGUCAUUAGGCCCCUCGAUCAAACAGAUGCUUUUGAUGCUUCGCCCUACAUCGCUGACCUUUUUGCUUGCACCAUUAAAAGGCUGAAGGCAGCAGAUAUCGACCAGGAAGUCAAAGAGCGAGCUAUCUCUUGUACGGGGCAAAUUAUCUGCAACCUUGGUGAUAGCCUUGGUGCGGACCUACCAGGCACUCUCCUCAUCUUUCUAGAGCGACUGAAGAACGAGAUAACAAGGCUGACCACUGUCAAAGCUCUCACACUCAUUGCAGGGUCACCGCUAAAGAUCAACCUGAGGCCCAUUUUGGGUGAGGCUGUUCCCAUUCUUGCCUCCUUCCUACGUAAGAACCAGCGAGCAUUGAAACUAAGCACACUGGCUGCACUGGACAUUCUGGUCAAGAACUACAGUGAUAGUGUAACACCGGCCAUGAUUGACGCUGUACUGGCUGAGCUGCCACCUCUUAUCAAUGAAAGCGAUAUGCAUGUCUCGCAGAUGGCUAUCAGCUUCCUCACCACGCUUGCACGAGUCCACCCUGACUCGCUGUCUAAGAUAAGUGGCUCUAUUUUGGCUGAACUCAUAGCUUUGGUUCGUUCGCCGUUGCUGCAAGGUGGCGCUCUUAGCGCCAUGCUGGAAUUCUUCCAGGCUCUUGUAGCUACGGGAACUGCCAGCUUGGGCUACAUGGAUCUGCUACGUAUGCUAACAGGUCCGGUGUAUGCCCAGAGUGCAGCGCUCACCCAUAAGCAAUCCUACUACUCCAUUGCGAAGUGUGUGGCUGCUCUUACACGAGCUUGUCCUAAAGAGGGCCCUGCUGUGGUGGGACAGUUCAUUCAAGAUGUGAAGAACUCGCGCUCCACUGACUCCAUCCGAUUGCUGGCUCUGCUGUCCCUGGGAGAGGUCGGCCAUCACGUUGAUCUGAGCGGCCAGCCUGAGCUGAAAACGGUCAUUCUGGAUGCCUUCUCCUCAGCCAGCGAAGAGGUUAAAUCAGCAGCUUCAUACGCGUUAGGCAGCAUCAGCGUGGGGAAUCUCCCGGAGUACCUGCCCUUUGUCCUGCAAGAGAUCUCUGGCCAACCCAAGCGACAGUACCUGCUGUUGCACUCUCUCAAGGAAAUCAUCAGCUCUGCUUCGGUGGCAGGGCUUAAACCGUAUGUUGAAAAUGUGUGGGCGCUGUUGCUCAAACACUGCGAGUGUACAGAAGAGGGCACAAGGAACGUGGUAGCUGAAUGUCUGGGAAAGUUAACACUCAUCGACCCAGAGACUCUUCUGCCCAGGCUAAAAGGCUAUCUCUUAUCAGGAUCAUCUUAUGCCAGGAGCUCUGUAGUUACAGCUGUUAAAUUCACGAUUUCUGAUCACCCACAGACAAUUGACCCCCUUCUUAAAAACUGCAUAGGUGAUUUCUUGAAAACAUUGGAAGAUCCAGACCUCAAUGUACGAAGAGUGGCUCUAGUUACCUUCAACUCUGCAGCUCAUAACAAACCUUCUCUUAUUCGAGACCUUUUGGAUACAGUUCUCCCUCAUUUGUACAAUGAGACUAAAGUGCGCAAGGAUUUAAUCAGAGAGGUUGAGAUGGGUCCGUUCAAACACACAGUGGACGAUGGUCUGGACAUCCGGAAGGCUGCAUUUGAAUGCAUGUACACUCUAUUAGACAGUUGCCUUGAUAGACUUGACAUCUUUGAAUUCUUAAACCAUGUUGAAGACGGACUUAAGGACCAUUACGAUAUCAAGAUGCUGACUUUCCUCAUGCUGGCCAGAUUAUCUAGUCUGUGUCCCAGUGCAGUGUUACAGAGGUUGGACAGACUUGUAGAGCCGCUUAGGGCAACAUGCACCACAAAGGUUAAAGCCAACUCUGUGAAGCAGGAGUUUGAGAAGCAGGACGAGCUCAAACGAUCUGCCAUGCGGGCCGUAGUGGCCUUGCUAACCAUCCCAGAGGCCGAGAAGAGCCCCCUAAUGAGUGAGUUCCAAUCUCAGAUCAGCUCCAACCCUGAGCUGGCCGCCAUCUUUGACAGCAUCCAGAGGGACUCCACCAGCGCCAAUAUGGAAUCCAUGGACACCAGUUAAACGUCUAAGACAGCGUACCCGUUCCCGUCGCUCCCAAGAAAAUCCACAAAGAAAACCAACCCUGGGGGACCCUUGUAUUGUUCCAUGCAUUGCACUGAAUCAAAAAAUAGGAGGAAAACAAAAUCUAAAGUUAAGAAAAGAAAAAAACGAAUGAAAAGACAGACAUUCGUUCUCUUAAGCUUCAAAGCUUAUUACCACAUUCUUUGUUUUUCUAUAAACAACAGGAAAUCGCUUUAGUUGUUCAUUGUUCUCCAUUCUUCUCCAUUUUUUAAAAUUUUUCUUGUUCAUUUUCAUAAUUCCUGAGGUUCUGUAGAUACCUCAACUCACAGGGUGCAGAGGGACUUGCUAGGUUACCUGAAAAUGUGUUAUCAUGGGAGAUUCGUUCUUUACAUUCUAGGCUGCUGACGACUUAAAUCGGUAUCUACAGGGGUAAAGGAUAGCACUCAGUGAGUUUGAAUCAUUCCAGGACCAUAUUUUUUUCUGUCAUGUUUCUUAUCAAACAGGUUUUAUUAGGUUUUUGUACGAUUUGAAUGUCAUCUCUCCUCUUUUUACUGUUGACAACUUAAGUACAGAACGAGAUAAGUCUUCGAAAUAUUAUCCCGAAGAGGAGUGGCAUAGUUAGGGUAUUUCAUUGGAUGAGUGACUGCUUAUUUUUCCUUCACUGCAUUUCAUUACAUUCCCACUGUCCGCAGAAUUGCGAGUCAUCUGCAUGUGUCACACAUCCAGAGAAAUGAGCAUUCAGCUGCACACGUUAUGCAUAAUAUUUUCUUUUUCUAUUUGAUGACAGUUUAGUUUGGCUCCAGCAUAUAGAGGUGUGAAAUAUGACAUCAAACAUUGUUAUCAGAAAAUAUUGCCCUGUAUGGAACUCACAUAUGUGAAUAAAAUGAGUGGAGAAUA